AUGAUUCACCCCGAUUAUAUGAUCUUGCAGCAUGACGCACAACUGAACUUUUUCGGAAAUCGUUUGGCUACUUGCUCUAGUGACAGAAUCGUCAAAAUUUUCGAGGUAAGGAAAGUGAUCAUUUGGUCGGAAAAUAAUGGACGCUGGCAGAAAUCACACGAAUGGACUGGCAUGAAGCCAGUGUUAACUCAGUCAGCUUUGCUCCCCAUCUCG